AUGCUCAAGGUCGAUGAAAAGUGCCCAUUCGCGUACGAUUUAGAUACGGAAUUCCAGCAUGCAAGGAGCUAUGCUGAUGCUGGACUUGUCGAUUCAGCUCUUCGAUCUGUUGGACUGAUUUUAUCAAAGUUUCCAGUACAUGACAGAUCAAAUGCACCCGUCCAUUUCGAAAUCCUCUUCCUUUACGCCAAUUGCCUUCAAGAAAAUGGUGAACAUCGGCGUGCCAUGACUUAUUAUCAUCGUACACUGGCUGUCCUACGUGGACUACGGUCGAUAGGCCAAAAGAGUACCGAGUAUCUGAAAAAGGAUUAUCAAGUUCGUGAAAAAUAUGCUCAGAGUUGCAUGAGAACACAAGAUUUGAGGAUGGCAAAGAGUCUGUUGGAGGCAAUACCAGAAACAAGUCGACGAACCCAGGUUUGGUCUGCUCUAGCUGAUAUCUAUGAGCAGAUGAGAGAGAUCAGCUCUGCCAUUGUGUGCCAUAAGGCCAUCAUCAAGCAAUAUCCACAAGCUACAGAACCAUUUCUGGCCUUACUGAGACUUAAAGUUCCCAGAGAGGAAGUUGAGCAACUGUUAUCAAGCCAGUCAGAUUGGUCUAGACUUUAUGUCACUGCCCAUCAAGAUCGAUGGUGCCAGGAAUACAAAAAAGCAAAAGAAGGCUUCAAGACAUUGGAGAGAUUCUUCAAAAACAAUGUUGACUUAUGUGUCAACAUUGCUGAAUGUGAAAUGGAAACUGGACAAGAUUUACAGGCGUUAUAUUUGCUCGAGAGUAUACGGUCUUCAGAUCCUGACAAUGUCGUAGCUUGUGACAAGUAUGCUGGACUAUUGAGAGAACAAGGAAAAGCAACUGCUGUGAACGAUUUGGCACAGACAGUGUUUAGUAUCGCUGAUGAUCGACCUGAAUGCUGGUUGGUAUUAGCACAUUAUUCCGAACUCAAGGGUGAUAAAGAGAAGGCCUUAUUUUAUGUCAACACUGCUGUGGAAAUGGCUCCCAUGUAUGCUGAAGCACAUUAUCUCAAAGGCAUAUUGCUUCAACGAGUAGCUAGUGCAGACAACUCACAGAAUAAGCCAGAAGUUAAAACGUCUUACUUUGAUGCCUUGAAGUCAUUCCGAAAGGCAUUUGAACUGGCUCCUUCGAUGCUCUGUUCGAGAGGAAUCAUUGAGUGUCAAUUGGCUCUUGGCCAGGGAAUUGAAGCUACACAAACAGCAUUGAGCCUUGUCAAGGCACAUCCAGACAACCCACAAGCCAUGGUUUUGUUUGGAAAGACGAAGAUGGACGAUGAGGAUCGCGAGAAGCGUGAGAUGGCCAAGAGAGCUUUCAAGAGAGCAAUAUCAUUGGAUGCUAAGUGCACGGAAGCUGUCCUCAACUUGUCUGAAGUAUUGGAAAAGGAACAAGAUUUUCAAGGAGCGAUUGCUGUACUCGAAGAACACAUGGACGCAUAUCCAAAGGAAGCUCUGCUAUGCCGAGUAGCACAACUAUACCUUUCCAAACGACAGACUCUCCCACCUAUGCCACCAGGAGGUGAAGAUUUGUCUUUGAACAAGGCUUAUGACUUGUUCACGGAAGCACAGCACAUCAAUUCCGAAUACGAGCCUGCAAACUUGGGAUUGGAACGUGUUCAAAGGCUUAUUACAGGAGAAGAUGAAGAAGAGGAUGAUGUGAACGAUGAUCCAGAUUACCAUCAUUCUGAGAAUAGGUCCGAUGACAGUAUGGGCGACGAAGAGGAGGAAUAUUAA